GCACAUGUGGAGGUGCUCUGGGUCACAUGUGUCCACAUUCUGUUAGCAAUUUAUAUAAUAAUAAUUAUUAUUAUAAUAAAAAGCAGUUAUUAGGGAGCUUGUUAGUGUUUGUUAUGUUUCAGACAUUUGCCGAUGUUUUAUGUUAAUGAGAUGUUAAUGACACUGCAGCUGCUUCUGGUUAGAAAAUGAAACUGCUCUGCCAUGUGGCAGCUUUGUGCACAAACCAUCCGAUGAUGUUACAUGACCGUGAUCGUGUGUGUGAAUCUCCAGCCUGCUACAGAGAUGCCUGGAGGCCAGUACCAGGUGACGAGCCCCAAGCUCCACCACUGCCAAUACAGCCUGACCGACAGCUCCUUCGCAGACUCCGAGGACGAGGAUGCCAAGGCCCAGCUGCCACUCACCCCCCUGCAGAAGCUCACCACAGACAUGUGCAAGGACAUGAAGACCAUCAAGGAGCUGAACAUAGGCCGCAGGGUGGGCUUCUACAAGGUCCGUGGGGAGAUCGGGUACGGGACCUUCUCCAGGGUCAAAAUGGCGUUCCACGCUCUGGCUAAAGACAAAGUGGCCCUGAAGGUCCUGGAUAAGACGAGGCUGGACGCUCAGGCCCAGCGUCUGCUCUCCAAGGAGAUCAGCAGCAUGGAGUUCCUGCAGCACCCCAACGUGGUGCGUCUGUACGAGGUGGUGGAGACGCCCAGCCGCCUUUACCUGGUGCUGGAGUACGCAGGAGGAGGCGACCUCCACGACAAGAUCUACAACGAGGGGAAAUUUACAGACAACACCAGCAAGAUCAUCUUCGCACAGAUCCUCUCUGCUAUCAAAUACAUGCACAACAUCAACAUCAUCCACCGUGACCUGAAGGCAGAGAACGUUCUGUUCACCUCCAGCGGCUGUGUGAAGGUGGCUGACUUUGGAUUCAGCACGAAGGUUCCGAACCGUAACGACGCCCUGGACACCUUCUGUGGCUCUCCGCCCUACGCUGCCCCGGAGCUCUUCAGGGACGAGUCUUACCUGGGGCCUCCGGUGGAUGUGUGGGCCAUGGGGGUCCUGCUUUUCUUCAUGGUGACCGGCACCAUGCCGUUCCGCGCUGAAACCAUGGGCAAGCUGCGGCGCUGCAUCAUUGACGGAGCCUACACCAUCCCCCCCUGGGUAGCCGGUCCCUGCCAGAAACUCAUCAAGGGCAUCUUGAAGCCAGUCCCUGCCGAACGCUACGCCGUCGACCAGAUGAUGGGCUGCGAUUGGCUCUUGCCUGUGGAGUUCCCCUGGUCGUUGGUGCGUCAGGAACCAGUGAGCCCUCUGCGGGGCCUGCUGGGCUCCGAGUACGGGGACCUGGAGGAGGAGGAGGAGGAGGAGAUCAGGAACUCGCUGGAGGAGCUCGGCUUUACCGCUGUGCAUCUACGGAACAAUCGGCCCACAGACAGCCGCAGCCCCGUCACCGGGGUUUAUCGAAUCCUGCUGCACCGAGCGCAGAAGCGCAGGGGCUGCGACUGUCCCCCUGUGGUGCGAGGUAUGGUGAGGGACCCGAAGAGAGAGGGGCUCCGAGCCUACAAGGGCCUCAGACACACCUCCAAGCUCUGUGUGCUUUCAUGACUGUUAGAUCAGCUUUUUUUGUUUUUACAGAUUCUUUUAUACGGGAAUUUUUUUUUUAUCUUAUAAACACUGUUUAUAUUCAUUGUUUAAAAGACUGUUUAGUUUUUACUGUCAAAUCCUUUUUUUUAUCGUUUGUAUUAAAGUGAAGUGCCUGACGACAGGAAACAACAGUAACAGUUCUGAGUGUAAAAUGUUUUUAACUUUACUGCAGCAACUCUUUAACCUUUUCAUGACUUGUGAUCCCUUAAGAAUAAAGCAAAGCUCCUGGAAACCUCUCAGGCUCGAGUCGUGCAGCACUUUCUCUAUCUUGCCGAACGACACUGACACAGGGAUUAAAGGAGCCAGGGAUUGACCCUCUAAUUAGUGGACGACCCACUCUACCCUCUGAGCCACAGCCGCCCCAUCUCAACAUGGCCACAAAUAUCUGCCCUCUCACCGUUUCUUCUUUCAUUAACAGGUUGAGUCCAAACUGGCUUCAACGGCUGCAGACGUAUGAUGAGAUGUUCAGGUUCCUGCAAACUUCACACUGAUACGAAACAAAACACAAUCAUCAUCAUUAUUGUCUUUUUAUUGCAUAAACUCUUUCAUGCAAAAUAUAUUUGUGCACAUGCAUUUUGUGCAUCUUUCCUUUUGUGCAUGCAGGGUUUUGGAAAGUGUGCAGAUUACAAAGGAAGUGAAAAACUUCGACCCAUUGAAACCAGUCCUGUGGUUUUGAAAAGACUCGUAUUGUUACUGAAAGAAGAAGUAAUGUGGUGAAAGGCUGAUGUGUGUGUGUGACGCAGGUUUCAUUGUUGAGCUGCAGAGCAGGUGGCUCCUCCUGCUGCUCCUGCUGCUGCUGCUCCCCUCUCCUCCCCUCUCUGUGGCCUGUUUACCAAAGUUUCACCAAGUGCCUGCGAGUAAACAAUAGCGUGGACAGCAGCUGGCAGGACAGCAGAUGAUACUCGGGACCUCCACAACCGGCCCAAACCAGUCAGACCCGACCCAGCUGCCCCCCCCCUCCGGCACUG